AUGGCGACAUCCUGGAAUGAUCUGAUCAGUUCAACGGAGACGGUGAAGCCGGCAGACGAUGUGCUGAAGGAGGCAGUGCAGUUCCUGGUUGAUGUUGCCAAGCUCCCAAAUCCGAAUGCAGCCAGCGGUGUCGCUGAAGCAGAUUUGGACAAACUUCAACUACCAGCUUCUUUGCCAGCCUCAGCGUUGAUUCGCCGCUUGGUUAGAAGUGUUGAAGCUUUGGACAAAGCUCGACUUGCGCAGGCGACUGCAAAGUCGGCUUUGGCGUCCACUCCUGUUUCGGCAAAGUUGCUGGCGUCCGCUUUGGCUCCAUCCAAAGUGCCGGAUGUAGCGGACCUACUGCAGCAGUGUGGUCUUAGCAAACUUGGCUUUCAUGUGCAGGCGGAUCAGUCCUUGUACACCACUUUGCAGGUAGCCUCAGAGGAAGCAAAGGCUCAGAGCCGCGUGCCCUUCACUUAUGUGGAUCUGACCAGCAAAGAGGUUCUUCCAUUGUGGUUGCCAGCAGACUCUGUUGGUGGUAAGUUCACUUUGCGAGAUGAAGAAGAGUCCAAGCUUGUAGGCCAUCACUCCAUAGGGUCGUUGAGUGAUUUGUCAAAGGCCCUCAAAGGGGCCACUGCAACCCCCAGAUUCUUUCGCAAUGUCCAGCAGUGGGUCGCUGCGUUUGUCAGGUAUGCAACUACGGCGGUGGCAACUGGACAGAUGACUUGGCCAGUUGUGUUUGGUCACCUGGAUGUGAUUCUCCAAAUCUGCGAGCAAGAGAAGAUCAAAGGUCGUGCUCCUUAUCUGGCUUUUCUUUAUGAUGAUCUGCUGCGCCGUCAGUGGGCCCGUCGGGCAGACAAACGUGAUCCAUCCCUGGACAUUGCCAUGGAGUCGCAGAAAAUUGACAAGGACAUCCUCGAAUUGGCAAGACAAAGGUUGAGCCAAGUUUUGCAAGAGGUGGGCAUACAAGACGAUGUUUCGCAACAAAUGCCAUCCGCCGCAACAUCAUCCACAACCUCUUCCAGUGCGGAUGUGGCGCGGCAACUUGCGGCUGCUGAGCAAGCUCAGAAGCGAGCUGAUGCUGCCAGUAAGAAGUUGAGUGAGGUUCAGGCUCAGCUCUUGGCAAAAUCUUCUGCGGCAGCAAGCCAGGAUGGUGGCAUAAGCAAGCGCCAGCUAAAGACCCAAAAUUGGUUCUCCAAGCAGAAUCAAAGGUAUGCGGCGAACCUGACGAUUGGUCUCAUAAGCGCCUUCUUCUUCUUCAUGUACCACGUUUACACGCUCAUCGUGAACUACGGAGAGCCGAUGAUGUCCAAGAAGGAGGCAGAGUACAUCUCAGAGAUUUGGGACAUGUACAAAUCGCUCAACAUCACACCUCACCCGCCGGAAAUAGCACCCUUCAAGGUGGAGCAGUCUCAUGGAUUCCUGGGCAACUACUACAGAGCAGCAUUUCCUGUGACCCAUUCCGACAUCCACAUUCCAGAUCCUCAUUCCAUUGGUUUCAUUGGAAAGGAUGCCAACAGUUUGUCAGUGACCCUGCGAAAUUUCAAGCUGACAGAGAUCCAUGAGGAACAUCCUAGUGACCGACAUGCUGCAGCCUGCUUGGUGGUCAAUGAGUUUCACCAUUUUGUGAGGAAAUUGGCCAAAGAGAUGAAUCCUACAAACGAGGUGAUUUAUGAUAUCAACCAGAGAAUCCAGCUUAUCGAGUGCUUCAUCACGCGCUGCAACAUUGCCAUGCACAAGUACAGACCUUUCUUGGCACUGAUGGUUAGGUUGAAGGAUGAACUGCAGCAAAUUAUGAAUCUUUGGCCUGCAUUCCGAACCCAGCAAAAGCUGCAAGAGCAAAUCAGGAAUGUGAAGCUCCAUGUGGAUGCAGCGUUGUUGCGCUUGUUGGGCUAUUGUUUCUACGUGUUGAAGUGCGAACCGGGCGACUUCGCCUUCGAUCCACAAGAUUGGCACCCGGAGAUCCGAGACACCGAGAGCGUCCACGACAAGAUCAUGCAUUGGUUGCUGCUACAAGAUCACGUCUAUAAUUCAGCGACCAAUCAUUCAGUUGAUAGAGAAGCGUGGAUGCUCCGGCUGAUGGACACGGGACAUGAGGGCGACAUCCUCCAUCAGAUGAGUGACGCCUGGACAGAUCCUAGCGCAAUGAGCGAGCCUGUCUUGGCAAUCGGGGACAUGAAGGGCGACGAGAAUGGACUUCCAAGCAAUAUUUUCGCCUACGAGACUGACAUGAGCCCAGAGCAGCGUCGUUCAGCGAUUGAACUUUGGCUCACCCUCGUCAGAGAGGCUGUUGGCUUUGCUAUGGGGGCCCAGCAGCUUGAAAUGCAAAUUGAAUCACCGGGUGUCUGGGAACCUCCGUGUGACUGUCUUGGGUUUGCUAUUCCUUUUCUCGAGGACUUUCGUGCCACAAAAAAAAAUCAGAAAACAUUGCAAUAA